CAACCGUUUGGAUCACUUCACCUCAGGUUCUCACCGGAAACGGACGUGCAACCUCUUCUCUCCCGUCUUGAAGCAUUUUUGUCUACUUGUGAGACUUUCAUCGGUCGGAUUCCUGAGAAUCAUGCCCCGUUCACGUAGCCGCAGUGCAUCCAAGAAGCGCUCCAGGAGCCGCGGACGUAGCCGAAGCCGUGCAAAGAAGGCCGCUGCCGCCCCUGCCGCCGCCCCUGCCGUCGCAGCUCCGGCACCCAAGAAGCGCAAGAGGAGCGCACGCAAGGCAAGCCGCAAGGGGAGGAAGUCCCGCAGCCGCAGCCGUAGCCGCAAGGCCGCCAAGAAGGGAGGCAAGAGGAGGAAGUCCCGCUCCCGAUCCAAGUCUGCCAAGAAGCCUGCCAAGAAGGCCAAGAAGGGAGGGAAGAGGCGCAAGAGGAGCAGGAGCCGCAAGGCCGCGGCCAAGAAGUGAAGUCCCGCAGCGUUAUCUGACGGCCGCUAGGCGUAGUGCAGCGAUGACACCACCUUCGGCUACCAGUAUAUGACAAUGCGGCGUGUAUAUAUAAAUGUCGUAGUGAAUGAGUAGACUACAUGACCACGUGGCGUGCAACAGUAACUCUUUUUAAAUGAAUUGAAUUUUGAAAUGAAUUUUAAAACGUGAAUCGCUGAUUUGUCUAUGUGAUCUUUUUACAGCUGAUUGUGUAGUGAAGUAGUUUUCAUGAAUAAAGCCUUCGUGGAUCGUGUA